UAAGCGGAGCGAGCGAGCGAGCCUGAGACUGAAACGGAGACGGUGGUGAUUGAUUAUGAAUGAGAAACGAAGAGAGUAGAACAAAAGAGAGAGGAAAAAUAAAUGUAUAAUCUUAGUUUAAAACUUGUAUUGCCACGUGUCGAAUCCAUUUAAUGUUAAAUUUUUAUAUAGGCUAGCUAGCGGCCUCAUCAUCGAGCCCGAUGGGCCUCCAAAUUGAAAUGGAAGAUGAUGAUGACUACUCUGCGGCCGCGACUACCCUUCUCUUCGACCGUCCGAUCCCGCUGCUCGGGGGACCAGUACCCGCCGGUGUUUCUCAUGUUCUAGCUUUCCGAUCUCUGGAUUCAUGGUCAGCCGCUUUCAAGCGCUGCGAAACCCUAAUCAAGGAGCAGUGCGAGGAAGGUGCUAGGAUUGGGUGCGCCGUCUCCGCCUCCAAGAACUGUAAGCCGCCGUGGUGGCGGGGCUCUGGUGACAUGAGGGAGCGAGACAAGUGCGAAGAGCGGGAAUUUAAGGCAUGUGUGGCUGCCGCCAUGGGCAAGUGUGCGGGCUUCGCCAGAGACAAGUGUUCUGGAGCGUUUUUAGAGGCGCGAGUCGCGAGUGAGGUUGAGGGAUUGGUGUGGCUAGCGUCAAUGCCGGAGGAAAGCACGUGGCGUCAUCUCAUGGGGCUGGCUUCUGGUUUAGUUUGUUCAGAUUCAAACCAAACUCUUAAUUAGUUGCAGGCUGAUGAUGAUUAGUUAUGGUGUAUUCUGGUUUAGUUUGUUCAGAUUUCAUUUAGAUGAUAUGAUAGGUCGUCACAAACAGGCUCUUGAGAUUUUGUUAAGCUUGGUGCUACUGCUGCUACUCUAAAUGACUCUUGUUUCUUAAUAUCCCUACACAUAACUGCGUGAUCAGCUUCAAAUGUAUGUCACUGAGCUACCAAAGCCUCUUGUGUGUUACUCUU